AUGCUUGUAGGAGUAAAAAGAUUAAGCAAUGUAAAGAAUUUAUUUAAAUUGUACAACAACAACAACAAUCAACAACAACAAAGUAUUAGUAAUAAUAGUAAUAGAAAGUACUUCUAUUGUUCUACUAGUUCUACUAGUUCAACUGCUGGUAAUAAUAGUAAUACAUCAAUUGAUGAUAGUGAAUUGGUACAUAGAACAUUGACAAUAGAAGAGAUUGAACAAUUCAAAUCACAAGGUUAUUUGGUUAAAAAGGGAUUGUUUGGCGAUCAAGACAAUGAUAGGUUGUUGACACAACACCAAGUAGAAUUGAGAGACUAUUUGGUAAAGAAUGCAGAGAUUGAUCUGUCCAAUUGUAGUAUUGGGUCACGUACUGAAGCCAUUCAACUAGACAACCAACAUGAAAAGAUUGCACAUGUGUCUAAUGGUUUUGGAGGUAUGAUCAAUUUCUAUCAUGGUACUGCAAUGUAUCGUCUACGAGAGUCUCCACUGCUCUAUGACUCCUUUUCACAGUUGUAUCAACACACCUAUGCCAUUGGUGAUGGCAGAAUACCAAAUGACAAUCUCAACGUCGAACCACAAGACUCUGACCCUUGGCCAUGUAAAUACGGUUCCUUUAAUCCAUACCACAUGUACAUGUUUGUCAAUAGAUGUUCAUUCCGUAUUCCAACCAUCGGUCAUGAAACCAUUCAAAAACCAUUAGAUCAAUUAAUUCAAAGAGGUACUGGUACUCAUAUGGAUUGUAAUCCAUACCAUUUAUUUAGUGGAGAAAUUAGAAAUGGUGAAACUGGACAAAUGCAACCAUCACCAUUAAGAUUUUGGCAACCUAUUCAAGCUUUUAUAUCAUUGACCGAUACAAUCAACCCUGAUGAAGGUGGAUUUUGGUGUCUUCCAUCAUUUCACACAAAAUGUGUCUCCCAUUUCAACUCAACAAAAUUACAACAACCAUCUUGGAUAGAUAAACCUUUAUUAAAAAGAGGAAAUGCAUUUGAUAUGGAUGAAUCAGAAUAUGGAUCAAUGAUUGGACAAAUGAAAUUUAUUCCAAUUAAAAGAGGUGAUAUUUUAUUCUUUGAUUGGCGUACACCUCACCAUAACGAUGCCAGACAUGUUGGCAAUAGUAUUCGAGAGGUUGUUUAUUCUGCACAUCUUCCAAAAGUGUCAGUCAACGAAACAUAUGCAGCCAAACAAUUAAAUUGGUAUCUCAGUGGUGCUCAUCCAUCCUAUGUCUCUAAAGCAUUCUCAAAGCUAGAGAUGGAUAAUUAUUCUCCUCCUCCUCUCACCCCAUUAGGUGAAAAGUUAAUCUCUCUUCAACCUUGGUCCUAG